UUCAAAACCUCAGCAGAGUUUUUGUCAGGCGAGAGCGCGUCGCUUAGCAGCAGGUCGGAGCAGGAUUUGUCACUUUCCUUCCCCGCGCGGAUAUUUUGUGUUGUCGCGGUCUCCAGGCACCCCGGCACCGGCAUGCCCUACAGCGUGACUCUAAAAGGACCUUCCCCAUGGGGCUUUCGUCUGGUCGGGGGACGCGACUUCAGCACACCGCUGACUAUCUCCAGGGUGACGGCCGGCAGCAAGGCGGCCCAGGGAGACCUCUGUCCGGGUGACACCAUCCUUGCCAUCAACGGUGACGUCACAGAACACAUGACCCACAUGGAGGCCCAGAACCGCAUCAAAAACUGCACUCAACAGCUCACGCUCAUCAUCAGCCGGUCGGGAUCUGGAGAACGAGUGUGGUCGCCGGCGGUUAGCGAAGAUGGCAAGACGAGCCCUUACUUGGAAUCUGAAUUGCAGAACUUCAGACCUAUCACCAGCGGCUACACAAACUACAGCCGCAAGCCCUCAUACACCCCCGAACCACAGCCCCCACCACCCCCGCUGCUCCCCAUGCAUCAUCAGCACCAUCAUCAUAAUCAUCAGCAGCAGCAGCAGCAGCAUCCCACCAACCAUGCGCUCAACGGCCAUUCCAAGACAAACAAUGGCAAUGGUUAUGCGUACGGCAAUGGCAACGGACACACUCAGUACAACAAUCCGUCCCCACUGUACGCCCCCAACAACAGCAACGGCGACAGAUCCCUUCAUGGCAAAAUGGGUGGGCUCAACCUUAGCGCCCCUCACAGCCCUGAGCCUCCCGCGCCUUCUCCCGUCCAAAGCCGCGAUGGCGUGGACACGCACUCGCACGUCUACAAGAUGCUGACGGAUUAUGAGGAACCUUUGUCAGAGCCCAAGCAGUCUGGAUCCUUCAAGUACCUGCAGGGAAUCCUGGAGGCUGAAGAUGGAGGCGUUUCCCCAACAGAGAGGAUGAGGAACCUGAAGUCUCCAGUGCGAUCGCCCGUUCCCAAGUUGGGAAGCCCGCUCCCGAGCGGCGUGCCCGGCCUUCAGAAGCUCCCACAGUGUACGCGCUGUUCUAACGGCAUCGUGGGCACUAUCGUGAAGGCUCGCGACAAGCUGUACCACCCAGAGUGCUUCGUGUGCGACGACUGCGGCACCAAUCUGAAGCAGCGCGGCUACUUCUUCAUCGAGGAGAAUCUGUACUGCGAGACGCACGCCAAGGCCCGCGUGCAGCCCCCCGAGGGAUACGACGUGGUGGCCGUUUACCCCAACUCCAAAGUGGAGAUCAUGUGAGGCGGACGAAGGAUACAGAAUGCUCGCACGCGUGUGUGUGCGGACGUUUAGGCGAAGGGCUAACACUCCGUCGUUUGUUUUGGGGGCUUGGAGAACGUCACAUUUUCCUAUUUGUAGCGGCGAUGCAUCGCAGGCGUGUGUCACUGAGAGCGUCGGUGGAAUGUCAAGAGUGUUGUUUGGCUGAACUCUAACCCCAGCUAAAUGUCUCCAUAUGCAAGCAUGCCAGCUCCGCCUUUGCAAGUGUAAACAUAAAAAAAACCCGCAGGAGAACACUUUUGCUUUCUUUCUUUCUUCCUUUUUUUUUUUGUUUUCACGCUCCAUUUCCCAGGCUGCGUUUACACGACAGGCUUCGAGUGACAUCUGUGACCUAUGGAAGCCAUGGUGCCAUGACAUACGAGUUGAAUUCAUUCCACGCUCGUAACUCUCAAAUUUAAAAAAAUGUUUCUCAUUCCAGCUUCACCACACAUGUUGUGUAUUUAUGAAGAAAACUAGAACUCUGUAUUAUGUUAUUUUAUAAGGACAUCCAGCAAGGGCGUAGGUUUGCAUAGGGAAGGUAGGGCCCUGACACUACCAACUUUUCAGGAUUCUCAAAUUGUCCCCACCAACCCUAUAUGUAUUAUAUAACGAGUUCAGUUUUACAGGUUAUUUAGAUUGUUUUCCCAUAUGUUGUAAGGAUAGAAUUGACUUAACUAUUAUUAAGUGAAUUAUUUUCAUUAUGUUCAAACUUACAUUUACCCCUUUUCACUUGCUAAAUGCGCAGGUCCAUUUUGUCCCGCCCUCAAACGCGCGUUUGAUUGGCUGAUGACUUGACCCACCUCUGACACUCACACCUUCACACUCACACAGCCCCGACAGAAAUACAACAUGCCGCCUCCUCCGAAGAGGAGGGAAAUUAGAUUUUUUUUUACGGCCAGCAGCAGCCACUGUAAGUAAUUUAAAAAGACACCAAUGUUGUGGAGGUAGGAAACGAACCACUAAUUUUGCUAAUGAAAGUCAGACCUGUAUCAGAGUUAGCAUAACAUUAAACUGUGUAAACUUGCUGACCUGCAAAACUCGAGGGGGAAGCUGCUUAGAGAGAAGUGUCCUACUGUUUGUGUUUUCUACUGUUAACCUUAAUUAAACUAAGAAAUGUAGUGAACGCUGCUGGAAACAAUAGAACCAGAAAAACAUGAGCAAGAAGAAGCUUACAGAGGGAUGGGUGCUGCAUAACCUCAUAUGUUGCUCACAGAACACAACAAAUACGCCACAUAAUCAUAAUUAACUACAGUAAGGCAAAUAAGUAUUUAAGUCAACCACUAAUUGUGCAAGUUCUCCCACUUGAAAAUAUUAGAGAGGCCUGUAAUUGUCAACAGGGGUAAACCUCAACCAUGAGACAAUGUUGAAAAAAAAAAAAAAAUCACAUUGUUUGAUUUUUAAAAAAAAUAUUUGCAAAUCAUGGUGGAAAAUAAGUAUUUGAUCAAUACCAAAAGUUCAUCUCAAUACUUUGUUAUGUACCCUUUGUUGGCAAUAACGGAGGCCAAACGUUUUCUCUAACUCUUCACAAGCUUUUCACACACUGUUGCUGGUCCAUUCCUCUAUGCAGAUCUUCUCUAGAGCAGUGAUGUUUUGGGGCAAUACGGACUUUCAACUCCCUCCACAGAUUUUCUAUGGGGUUGAGAUCUGGAGACUGGCUAGGCCACUCCACCACCUUGAAAUGCUUCUUACGAAGCCACUCCUUUGUUGCUCUGGCUGUGUGUUUGGGAUCCUUGCCAUGCUGAAAGACCCAGCCACAUGUCAUCUUGAAUGCCCUUGCUAAUGGAAAGAGAUUUUCACUCAAAAUCUCUUGAUACAUGGUCCCAUUCAUUCUUUCCUUUACACAGAUCAGUCGUCCUGGUCCCUUUGCAGAAAAACAGCCCCAAACCAUGAUGUUUCCACCCCCAUGCUUCACAGUGGGUAUGGUGUUCUUCGGAUGCAAUUCAGUAUUCUUUCUCCUCCAAACACGAGAACCUGCGUUUCUACCAAAAAUUCUAUUUUAGUUUCACCUGACCAUAACACAUUCUCCCAGUCCUGUUCUGGAUCAUCCAAAUGCUCUCUAGCGAACCGCAGACGGGCCUGGACGUGUACUUUCUUCAGCAGGGGGACACGUCUGGCAGUGCAGGAUUUGAGUCCCUAGCGGCGCAUUGUGUUACUGAUAGUAGCCUUUGUUACUGUGGUCCCAGCUCUCUGUAUGUCAUUCACUAGGUCCCCCCGUGUGGUUCGGGGAUUUUUGCUCACCGUUCUUGUUCUCAUUUUGACGCCACAGGGUGAGAUCUUGCAUGGAGCCCUAAUCGAGGGAGAUUAUCAGUGGUCUUGUAUGUCUUCCAUUUUCUAAUAAUUGCUCCCACAGUUGAUUUCUUUACACCAAGCAUUUUACCUAUUGCAGAUUCAGUCUUCCCAGCCUGGUGCAGGUCUACAAUUUUGUCUCUGGUGUCCUUCCACAGCUCUUUGGUCUUGGCCAUAGUUUGGCGUGUGACUGACUGAGAUUGUGGACAGGUGUCUUUUAUACCAAUAAUGAGUUAAAACAGGUACCAUUAAUACAGGUAACGAGUGGAGCCUCGUUAGACCUCGUUAGAAGAAGUUAUACCUCUUUGACAGCCAAAAAUCUUGCUUGUUUGUAGGUGACUGAAUACUUAUUUUCCACUCUAAUUUGGAAAUAAAUCCUUUAAAAAUCAAACUGUGAUUUUGUUUUUUUUUUUUUUUCCCCACAUUCUGUCUCUCAUGGUUGAGGUUUACCCAUGUUGACAAUUACAGGCCUCUCUAAUCUUUUCAAUUAGGAGAACUUGCACAUUUGGUGGUUGACUAAAUACCUAUUUGCUCCACUGUAUGUAGAUCAAUAAAAAAGUUUUUCAUUUUGGGGGGGGGGAUGCCGCGAGCUACCCACACUAGCAUUGCGAUCAACUGGUCGAUCGUGAUUGACGUAAUGAGCCCCUGAUAUAGCAUAUCAAUUAAUUAGGUUCAUAUUCAUGAUAAAUGUCGCCCUGCCCCCGUUCACCUAAUCUUUUUGGUCUUAAUAAUGCCCCAUUCCAAAAAGUGUACAUCCAGGUUAUGCUGUUAUAUUGUCCCACCAAAGUUGAGACCAAACCUACGCCCUUGACAUACAGUAAUGACUAGGAGUGGGAACCUCCAGAUAUAUGCGAUACAAGUGUCACGAUAAUGAUUAUCUCACAAUGUGGCGAUACAUGGGUCAGGAAAUUGAUCUACAAUAUUCUAUGAUACAAAAGAGAAAUACAGGCUAUUUCUAUAUGUAAAAUGGAGGACCGGCCUUGAAUGCUCAUGUUUGAGUUCCAUUGACAGCGCGAGACGUCCAAUUCAUUGAACGAAGGAACUGGACGUAUCAGGCUGUCAAUGGCAGCGAGUUAACAAAGACACUAGUUUAGUGAAAACUUUUGGUAGGAUUCCUUUAUUUAACAGUGCUAUAUCACCAGAUAGAUAUAUUGUCACACGCCUAGUAAUGACAUAUUCUAAACAAAGGUAUGCAAUUUGAAAUUAUUCUCUUUAGUUUGAUGCUUAGUUUGACUAUAAACUCCAACUGGGAGGGGCAAUGAAAAGCUUGCACUUAUGUCUUACAUUUUUACUUAAGAAUUAUUGUUAUUUUAUUUUUAAAAUCUGCUGGUCAAAGUCCCGCUACUCAUAUAACAAGGCUUUACUUCUAAUACAUUGAAUGAAAUAAAUGAAUAAAAAAACCUUAGUUGUUUUCUAUCAAAUCGACCAUCAUGAAACGAGAACUUUUUUCUAUAGCGUGCAGAUGUAAAUGUUGAAAAAUGUAUAUUGUCACUUUUUUUUUUUUUUUAACUGUUGUACAUAUACUGUUAACGCUCAUUGCGUGCCGUCUCCUGUACUUUUAAUCUUGUCUUUUCAACACGCUCUUGUUUAUUAACUUAUUGUCAUGCCAAUGAAUACAAAAUCUGUUUAGAAAAUGAAUAACACAAUGUAACCAUUGAUUGUGCUAUAAUUAUUAGAAUGUGAACUGUAGGCUUUGUUUUACAUGGAGUCCCUUAGGGUUCCAGCUUCAAGUGCCUAAGAAAGCCCCUAUUGAUCAUCAUUCAGUUGCCAACGCUUUCUUUUUUCUGGAUCGUUUCGACUUCAUUAAAUGACUUGAUUGAAGUGUGCUUUUGUAUAAAAAGUCAUUAGAAAUGUCUUAUACAGGAUUACAAUGUGAAUUCUAUUUGUAUUUCUAGUGAUAAAAGUUUCAAAUAAAUCCAAUUU